AUGCGAACGGCAAAAGUGUGGAACAAUUUGCCGUCGUCAUUUUCCUCGUCGGAGAACAACGCGCGUGGCGCAGUGCUCUUUCUGCCUGAAAACAACUUCACUACUUACAACUUUACCAUCAAAUGGGUACGACAAGUGGGACCGGGGCGGGGGUGGGCGGCGGCGGCGGGGGGGCGGCGGGUGGCGGUGGGGGGCGGCGGCGGGGGCGCGGCGGGCGGCGCCGGCGGCGCUUGGGCGGGCCGCGAGCGCGAGCGCGAACGCGAACGCGACCGCGAGCGCGAGCGGCAGGCUCGCGCGCACCAGAUGUCGCACGCGCACGCCGCCGAGCCGGACGCCUCGUCGCUGUUCCCGGCCCCUGUCAGGGCGCCGAUGGCAUUGGCCGUCUCCGUCCACAUCUUACGGUUGGAAGAGUCGAAGCUUGUGCGCGUGUCGCGUGCAAAAAACCAAUCGGACCACGAGCCCGUUCGAGUGACGCAACGG